GCUGCGGCACCAUGUUCGGCUCCUCCCGAGGGGGGGUCCGGGGGGGGCAGGACCAGUUCAGCUGGGAGGACGUCAAGACGGACAAACAGCGUGAAAACUACCUGGGGAACUCGCUGAUGGCGCCGGUGGGCCGCUGGCAGAAGGGGAAGGACCUGACCUGGUACGCCAAGGGCAAGAAGGAGACGGGCCCCCCCUUGUCCCGCGAGGAAGAGCUGGCCGCCGUCCGCCUGGCCGAGCGGGAGGCCAUGAUGGCAGCCCUGGGCUACAAGAACGUGAAGAGGCAGCCCAGCGGCCUCAGCAAGGAGGAGCUGGCGGAGGUCUGCAAGCGGGAGGGCGGCGAGCGGGACGAGAAGGACGUGGACCGGGUGGUGGGCCUGGGCAGCGCCAGCGGCAGCGCCGGCCGGGUGAUGCUCUCCAAGGAGGACAAGGAGGCGGCCAAGAUGGGGCUCUCCGUCUUCACGCACCAGAAGGUCUCCAGCAGCCCCGAGACAUCCGUCUCCAAGAAGAAGGAGGAGAAAGUGGAGGAGAAACGACUGGAGGGUGGCAAGAAAUCCAGAAAGGAGAAAAAGAAAAAGAAAAAGAAGAAACAUAAGAAGGAGAAGAAGAAGGAGAAGCAUCACAAGAGGGAUGCUGCUCCGUCGUCCUCCGAUUCUUCUCCCAACCAGGAUGAGAGGCACCACCGAAGGAAAACCCAGCAGCGUCCCGAGACGUCGCGGCACGGCGGCCGGCGUCGGCAUGACACGGAUUCCUCUGCCAGCAGCCGGGAUUCUGGCAGGAGCCCCUCGCGCCAUCCUGCCCGUCGGCGGAGCCGGAGCAGGGACGGCCGCACUCGGCACCCGUCCCCACAGCGCAAGGGGAGGAAGAGGAGCAGGAGCAGGUCCCCUCCGUCCCGCGGGGUCAGGCAACGCCACGACACCGAUUCGGGUGACUGAGGCGGCGGCUGGGGUUUUUCCAGGGAGAUCUCACAUAGGCUAUAUAUUUUUUAAGGUAAUUAAAUUAAAAAAGCCGCAGCUCUGCGGUUGCCGGGGCUGAGUCUGGCAAAGGGCAUUAUGUUUUGCGAUGCCAGCUGCCCCUGCCCUGCCCGCAGCUCCUGCCUUCAACCCGGGGCUCCCCCCCGCUGUUGAUCCCAGCCGUGGAGGGGGCAGCAGGCGCCCGGACACCCUUCUCGCUCCCUGCAUCUGUCCGUCCAGGCAUGUUGUAGCGCGGAGGAUGCUGUGGGGUGGGUGCCAGCGCUGGGACGGUUCCGGCUGCGAUGCUGGAAACGCUGCAGAUGCCUCAUAUUUACAUAGAGAGACUUUGGAUGCAGUUACUAUUAUAUAUUUUUUUUAAUACCUUCUUUUAAUGCCCUCAAAUAACUGCCAGUGAAGUGGCUGGAGGAGAGUUUCUUUCCUUAAACCCUUAAGUUCAUCAGCUGCAAAAUAAAACCCGGGGCUCACGUGCUGCCGGGAGGGUUUUUGUGGCUCAAGGGGCUUUGUGGCUCAAGCAGCUGCGGGCGGGGGUGAGGGAUGUUCCUUUUGGUUGAGAAACAGCCUUUUUCGAUAAAAAAAAAAAAAAAACAGGAAACUGCCCUAAUUAAGGGCUACGAGGAGAAUCUCUCAAGUAAUUCCUCAGCUGAUGGGGAGAAGAUGGAUGGGGCUGGGGCACCUCCCGUAGA